GACUUGAGUGAAGCAAAAGUGACUCAAACUGAGAAACUUAAUAAGGAUUUGCCGCCGACUUAUCCAAACGGUUGGAUUCCAGUGCUUGAGUCCAGACUUAUUCACUUCAAUCAGAUUCUAAACAUCAAUGCAUUUGGCUAUGAAUUGGUGGCCAUUAGAGGCCAAUCGGGUCGCGUCUCUAUCUUAGAUGCCUUUUGUCCGCAUUUGGGCGCAAAUAUCGGUGUCGGAGGAAAGGUUGUCAAAGAAUGCGGCGAAGAAUGCAUUCGCUGUCCAUUUCAUGGAUGGACUUUUAGGGCCAGUGAUGGGCUUUGUGUUAAAAUACCUCAAUUGACAAAGUGUGAAAUACCGACGGCUCGAAUCAAAGUUUGGGAAUCAAUAGAAGUGAAUAACACUGUAUUUGUUUGGUAUAACUCGGAGGGUUUGCAACCAAAUUGGUUUCCCAUUGAAAUACCUGUGAUUCACAACAAUGUUUGGAGAUAUGAGGGAAGGACUGAACAUACGGUGAACUGUCAUUUUCAGGAAAUCCCAGAGAAUGGCGCCGACGGACAGCACAUCCAGGAACUGCAUACACCGGCAGUGAUGUCUGGGACUGUAAUCAACAAAAGUAUAUUUUAUAAUUGGUUGAGUAAAAUAGUGUCCCACGAGUGGUCAUCAGAGUGGUGGCCAUCACCGACGGUUCCACACAUGGCUCUCAUGAAAUUAAACGUGAAAAAUAAAUUCUUCGGCUUUACUGUACUGGAGAUCCAGUUCUCGAUCCGCCAAAUAGGGCCCGCAUUUGUUGAACUCUCCUAUAAUACCAGUGCAUUGGGAGGAAUGGAUAUCAUUAUCUGGAAUAACAAGAAAUUCAUUAAAAACCCGAUUCUAACCAAAAACGAGAGAUCAUUGGUUCGCUUCCGGCGAUGGUUUAAUCAGUUCUACUCCGAGACUGAUCUCAAACGAACCCAAGAAGAAGACAACAAUAACUAUUGA